AUGUCUUCUUCAUCAUCAUCAUCUUCUAGCAAUGACAACGGCAAUGGCAAUGGUAAUGGCAGUGGUGGUGGUAAUUACGGUGCAAGAAGAGUUGGUGAAUACGAAGGCCCAUCAAGGUCUCGCCCAAGAGCCAUUAACGAGGAUUGGCCUGAGCCUUUUUUAGAGGCUCUAGCUGCCCAAGUCGCCAUUGAUGCUUCUCGCCUUGUCGGCCGACUCGCUGCAGCUCAGGCACUUGCCAAUGUAUUUCAGCUGGCUAGGCAGAGAAGUAGGCAAUAG